AUGGCGGAGAGAGGCGGCGCCUUGGUGAAUCGACUCACAUCGAAUCCCGAACAACGAAUGGCCCUUCAGAAUGCUCUCUACAAUACGGCUAUGUUUGUCAUGUUGGGUCUCGUUUGUGCGGCGCUGGCUGCUCUCUACAAUAUGAUGUACAUGUUCUUAACUCCAAUGCUUUGGGCGGUCCUCGUUGGCACUGUGAUGUUCCCACUGAAAAGAAGAGUCACUGAUAUAACACAAGGGUGGCUAGAAAAUCUGCAAGAUAAUGAUACACCGUUGAGCAUCGCGAUUCUCGUCGCUCCUUACAAGUUACUGUACAAUGCCUCAGAGAUUGUUUUCAAUACUUCGAUGAGCGCCACUGGUGGAAUGAUUGCAUCGGUGUAUAUCUUGUUGAAGAUUUUGUCUUAUGAGCGAACAUUUGUCUACGUGAUCAGUUGGAUAGGACGAGUCUAUCAAAUCUUUGAUUCAUUUAUUCAUUUCUUUGGGAAACCUUGGAUUUUCCCAUUGGUUGUUCUUUACUUUGCAAUCUAUGCGACAUGGAUUUAUUUUCAAGAUCGAAAGCAAAUCAACAAAAAGCUCGCUCGUUCAUUAUCACUCCCAAUUUGGAUUUACGGGCUUUCAUGGAUUUCUGGAUGGUUUGGGCCAUUUCGAGUGCUCUUUUUUGGCGGAUCGGCCGCUGUUUUGGGUGCACUUUCGGCUGGAUUAUUGAGAGUCGAUGUAGAAGAGCACGACUCUUCAACAACUACUCCAACUGUUGCAGAAAAUUUGCUUAAUGAGGCUGAAGAAAAGAUUAAAGACGUGAUCGAGCCAGAGAGACCCAAGCGAUUACCUGGCACUACGGAAGUCAAUCAUCAAUCACUCCAAUCUUUGGACAGCGCUCUCACCGGAGAUGCCUUUAUUCGAAUUAUCGCUGUACUCUGUGCCCUUUUAUGGAUCGUUCGUCAUGACACAGCGCUUGUCAUCAUUGUUGUGCCAUUCCUAUUCGCAAUUCUACGACGUCUAGGUGAAGUACUCGGCGUUUUCAACUUUCUUUCAACCACUUCAAGUUCUUUCUUCGAAACAACGUAUCCGACAAUCAAAAAAGUCGUUGAUGUCACCGUGGCCGGUCCUUUAAGGCAAUUUGUCAAGGUUCUAUCACAAAAUAAAACCCGUAUCUGU